AUGCAUGAUGCACCAGAGGUUAUUACACAGACUGGAGGAUACCCUGGGGAGUCCUCACAUGCUAGAGGCGAGGAGGCACCGUCAUCAUACAUUGAUGAUGUAUUGUUGAUGACCGAGGAUGAGUUGAGACAGAUUCAGGAGGGCACCUUGUCGGCCAUUUCAUUUGGCCUCGAUAGCUUGAUGGGCACAAGCAGCACGAGUGCGGUGCAUUGUGAUCUAGGAUCUGGUAGUGCAAUUGGAGACAAGGGAAAGGUUGUUUAUGAAAAUAUUCAAAACAUACCUCCUCUACCGAAGACAUACAUCAAGAGUCCUGCAAAGCUGAAGAGAAAACGUGGAGAUGAGGAUCCUUCAGAGCCGAGCAGUGCGGUGAAGAGGAUCGAUUUUGAUGAUCCAUCAGCAACUUAGGAUGUUAUAGAUAGUUUUGGGAUGCUUACAUGUCUAUUUGGCAUGUAUAUUUUGUAUAUGGACAUACA